UCGUCUGCAGUUUGUUAUCAGCUGGUUUGCUUGAUAUUUCAUUUGCUUUAUUUACAACCUAGACAUAACUUAAAAUCAAAGAGGCAGUGUGACCUUUGUUCCAGGAAAACACAACGAUGGAUUGGAUGUGGAAUGUUCAAGUAACAAGUGGCUUUAGGCGAAUGUUUUAUUUCGUAACACCAAAUGAAACCUCGUUUGAGAAAGCUGAAGAUGUACCUAAGUACAUAAAAGAAGCAGCCCCUUUCUUUCUGGGCUUUAUAGCGGUUGAGUUCAUUGUAAUGCUUCUUCGAGGUGAUGGCAAAAGAAGUCUCAAUGAUGGACUCACUUCUGUUGGAGCAGGAAUGUUUUCUAGGCUUCCUUUACUCUUCUUCAGAUCCCUUCAUAUUGCAGCAUACAUAUGGGUGCAUGAGAACUUUCAGAUUCAUGUGUUACCAUGGGACUCUCCAUACACCUGGUGGUUGUGCUUCCUGGCCGUGGACCUAGGGUAUUACUGGUUCCAUCGUAUGGCACAUGAGGUGAAUUUUAUGUGGGCUGCUCACCAGGUCCAUCACAGCUCUGAAUACUACAAUUUUACAACAGCUUUGAGGCAGUCGAUGUUACAGGGAUAUACAUCAUGGGUGUUCUACCUCCCAUUUGCUCUGUUCAUCCCUCCUCCGAUGUUCAUCCUUCACCAUGAGCUCAACAUCCUGUACCAGUUCUGGAUCCAUACAGAGUAUGUGAGAUCUCUAGGACCACUGGAGUACAUCCUGAACACUCCGAGUCACCACCGAGUGCAUCAUGGGAGGAACAGAUACUGUAUAGACAAGAACUAUGCAGGGACUCUCAUCAUCUGGGACAGAAUAUUUGGUACCUUCGAACCUGAGGUUGAAGAGGUUGUAUAUGGCCUUACCCAUCCACUCAACACAUUUGACCAGUUCUGGGUUCAGUUUGGAUUCCUGAAGUACAUGCUUGAGAGGUUCAAUGAAAUAAAAGGGGUGUCCAACAAAAUGUGCACUUUGUUAUUUGGCCCCGGAUGGGCACCUGGAAAACCAAGAACUGGAGAACUGAGUGAUAUUCCUGAUGUUCAUGCCCCAGAGAAGCAGUACAAUCCCUCAGUCCCGCUGUGGCUCAAAGUCUAUGUUGCUGUGCACUUCUUCCUCACCUUUGUGGGAUAUCAAAUUCUCUUUGAAACUAAAAAGAUGUUCUGCCAGACCUACCUGUUGAUGUUCGUUACGUUCAUAGGCUACUCACUCUCAACAUAUGGACGGCUCUUCGAUAGGAAUAACUUGGGUAUUAUGAUGGAAGUGUGUCGCUGCGUGAUGUUCCUUGUAGGGGACAUCGUGCUGGUGAAGCUGGACUUCUACACCCAGCCUGUUGCAUCAACAGCCAUGCCCUUCCUCCGUCUCCUUCAUGUUGGAUCUCUCGGACUCUGGCUGAUCCUCUAUCAGAAAGUAUUUAAUGCCCAAGUCACUCCUUUGAACAAGAAACAGUGACAUUCCUGUGGAUAGUUUUCAAUGUUUGACUCAUCCAGCCAGCAUUAUUAUGUAGAGAUUCAGGUUAAAAUGUGCCUUCAGCAACCCAUGCUUGUCGUAAGAUUUGACAUAAGGGAUUGGGUGUGACGCUUGCUGACUUGAUUAUAUACCUGUCAUCCUAUCCCAAUUGUGUAGAUCAAUGCUCAUAAUGUUAGUUGCUGACUUGUGUGGUCCAAACUUGAUUAACUACAGACUGAUAUCUGAAAUAUUUCAUUUAGCUAUGUACCAAGAAGACUGUGAUAUACUGUUCACUUCAGGUCAACCAGGCACUGUCUGUAUCUUUCACAUUUUUGUAUGUCAGUGUAAUGUAACCAAAGAUACAUAGAAAUAUUGAGUUAAUUAAACAAAUUAUGGCCUUCAAAGUCUUAUACAUGACAUCUGAAAAUAGUAUUUGACAUUUCAUGCUUCUUUGUAUUAGUUAAUGCUUUGUUCAUUGACUUUGUUAUGUGUAUAUGACUUUUUAUUUUUCUAUGAUGGAUUUUGAAAAUGAAAUGCAUUUUCUCACUAUGUUUUUAUAUGUAUUGCUGAACUAUGGUGAGAAAUUUCAACCAAAAUGAUCGUUUUUACUUAUGAAAGUUUUCCUUAAACAUUGUGUCUGUUGAAUCAAAGAUCAUCAGACACAUCAGUUUGCAGGAGAGGAGUUUGUACAUGGUUGUGAAUAUCUGCCUUGUUAUAGCAGAAGUGUAUUUACAUUUAUGUGAAAUGAGAUAAUGUGUCUUUCAUCUAAUGCUCAUUUUAUUGAAUAAUGUACAAUGUGUGCAUCUCCCAGACAUAUAUCCACAAUGUUAAUUGGAAAGAGUUCAGAAACAAUCUGCGCAAGACUAGCCCCUUUAUCUGUGGAAAGAGGAUUUUGCUAUUUGCCUAACACUACAGUAUGAAAUUUGGUAUAUUCAUAUUGCAAUUUUGGUAUUUAGAUUGCGGUUUUCAUGAAAUUCAUAUUUUUAUAAAUAUAGUGUUCAAUAUUGUUGUACAUUGUGGAGUGUUAUUAUUUUGGCAUGUUGGACAGUUAUAUUCUUGAACAAGCAUAUUGAAGGCUGUGUCUCUACCUAAAGAAUUACUAAAACUGUUUUUACAAACCCCUGGAACCUGGAGAAUAAUUUGGCAUGUUAUGAUCACAAUAACAUUUGCCCAUUUGUCUUUCAGUGCUAUUAUUAUUGUCAGUGGCAUCAGCUCAUUGUUAUGUUGUGAUAAAUGUUGAUGCAGUUUGAUUACUAAAUUGACAAUCAAACCUUUCCAGAAUUUA